AUGGAUUUAAGCAAAGUUAAGGACGAUCAAAAGUUGCAUCUUUGCCGUUGGUAUUACAGAGCCGGAUUUGCCUUUUUACCCUUUUUAUGGUGCGUAAAUGCAAUUUGGUUUUUUCAAGAAGCAUUUAAAAAACCGCCAUACGAAGAACAAAAAGAAAUAAAGAAAUAUGUUAUAUGUUCAGCAAUUGGAGCAUUUGUAUGGUGUAUAGUUUUGACAAUUUGGAUUAUAGUUUUUCAAACUAACAGAGCUUACUGGGGUGAAAUGGCUGACAGAAUAUCAUUUAUCAUACCGACUGGUAUUCCUUAA